UGAUAAUGUUGAUAGGCUUAAGGCAUGGAUCCUGCUUAACUUUUCCCAGAGAAAUUUCAAUGAGACUACCUAAGUGUAGAACCUGAAGUGCAUUUAUCGGGUGUAAAGGUUUUCAUUAUCAGUUCCUAAGCAGCCAGCUUUUACAGCAAAAUUCUAGGCAACAUAAACAGCAUGUUUUUAAUUGUGGGUACCAUGAUUUAAUUUUCUUUACAUGUUUCUUCUCCCUAAGCUAACUGAUGCCUUCAAAAACGUAUCAGUCGUACAAAAUUACUAUCUGAUUGACCCCAUACUGUGUAUAGAAUUUAAUACCAUGUUUCUCUGAAUUUUUCUUCUGAUCCUUUGUUUUGUUGUUGUUGGGGUUUUUUUGCAGACCCUAGUGCAUUCUGGUCACAAGUAUUUACUGAUUUAAUUUUUUUAGGCCCAGGCAUUUGAUAGUUCACCUGGUCAUAUUGGGCUGUUUUUGGUUGGUUGGUUUUUGUUUUUAUUUUUCCUGCUGUUCCCAAGACAUCAUCCUCUUCCUUUAAGUUUGUAUAUUGUAAAACAUCUUAGAAGUAUUUCAGCCUUCCCAGCUGCAUUGAUAGGCACAGUCACUUAAUUGCUAUUCCAACCUGCUUUUUCUUUUUUUAAGACCAACUACUCUCUUCCAUGAGAGAGAAUAUUAACAUUCUCUUUAUGAAGAGAAAUCACCAGCUUUUUUCCCGAUCCUUAUAAUAACCUGCCCUGAAAGAACUUCAGUUUUCACAAGUGCAAUAACUGAUUUUCAGUUUUCACAAGUGCAAUAACUGAUCUUUUUAUAUGCCUCAUUACUUCUUGAGAACAAUCAUGCGCAUAUAUGCAAGCUUGCUUCCGCCUCAGUUUCCUCAGGAAAAACCAGUGAUCAGUGUUUUCCCACCAAUAAGACAUCACUUAAUGGACAAACAAGGAGUAUAUGUUUCAUGUCCAUUAAUAAGCAAUUUCACAAUGCACUCUGACCUUGGAAAAAUUAUUCAAAGUUUGUUGGAUGAGUUUUGGAAGAAUCCUCCAGUUUUGGCUCCUAGCCCAACAUCAUUUCCAUACCUUUACAGUAAACCAGCUGGAAUGCCUCCUUAUGCUCCUCAGGGUUUUCCAUUUCUUCCUCCAUACCCACCACAAGAUACAAAUAGAUCUAUAGCUUCUGUGCCAGUUGCUGAAUCAGUUCCUUCAAGUUACACUACAGAUAAAUCUGCUGCUCCCUCGUAUGGCUUGAUUGCUGAUCUGCCUUUACCUGUUCCAACAACAGAAGGAUUACUGCAGGUUGGCCAGAAUGGGUUCAGUUACAAGAUGCCUGAUGUCCCUGAUGCAUUUCCAGAGCUCUCAGAACUAAGUAUAUCACAGUUGACAGAUAUGAAUGAACAAGAGGAUAUAUUACUGGAACAGUUUGUGAAUCUACCCCAGCUGAAGCAAGUCCUCAGUGAUAAGGAUGAGCUGGUGAAAAGCAUUGAAGAACUAGCAAAGAAAAACUUAUUAUUGGAGCCCAGCUUGGAAGCAAAAAGGCAAACAGUGCUGGAUAAAUAUGAACAGCUUACACAGCUGAAAGCCACGUUUGAGAAGAAGAUGCAAAGGCAACAUGAGCUUAGUGAGAGUUGUAGUCCAAGUGCUUUGCAAGCCAGACUGAAAGUAGCAGCUCAUGAAGCAGAAGAGGAGUCUGACACUAUUGCAGAAGACUUUUUGGAAGGCAAAACAGAAAUAGAUGACUUUUUAAGCAUUUUCAUGGAAAAGAGAACACUUUUCCACUGUAGAAGAGCCAAAGAAGAGAAACUUCAACAGGCAAUAGCAAUGCACAGCCAAUUUCUUGCUCCACUAUAGACUUUCCUGUAAAUUAGGCCUGCCAAGAGAAGAAGAGUGAACCAACUCAAUAAAGCACACUUUCUAAUACCAAUUAUGUGCAAAUAAACAUUUCAUCAAAAUAGUUGCAUUUAUAGAACAGAUUGUAUACAGAGCUAGGACUGUUUUUGUAAAAAUAGAACGUCUGUUUAUAUUCCCAUUUUAUUCAAGAAAUUCUUCUAUUGCAACCUUUGCACUAAUAUUUCUUGUAUUUAUUGUUAAUAAUCUCUAUUAUAUUUGAGUUCCUGCUGCUAUAUCCCAUUCUUCAGUGAUUUAAAUACCUAAACAUGUACUUUUGACUAGCUUUUUACAUUUUAUAAAACAUAAUUCAUAUUUUUUGUAUUUUGAACUUGAAACAUUAGUUUGGCUUGUUUGAGGGAGACUUUUGGAGUUGUUGGGAUUUGGGAAAUAAGAUGGGAAAGUCUUUAAUAACUCUUCAAGAUUUGUCAGUGAAGUAGCACAUUGUCUGUCCUUGAAGCCAAAAAUGUUCAACAGCAAUUUAUUUAAAAUAGUUAUACCAAACUAAAUAUUGCCUGCACUGACUGAAUAAGAAUAUUGAGUUUAAGCAAAGAAUGCUUUGGGACAAAUUAUAUUGGAAUCAAAAUAGAAUAAAUAUUCUCUGUAGAUUUACUAUCCACAUUAGAUGGACUAAUGGAAUCUUCAUUUCUGGAGUAAUGUGGCACCCAACAUUGUAUUGAAGUACUGAUCCUACACUUGAACAUUGUCUUUUGUUUCAAGUAAAACAAUAUUUGUGCAAAAAAAAGCAGCUCCUUUUUACCUAGUUUUUGUAAUUUUUUUAGUUUUGGUUAUAGCUUGUGAUUAGUGACCUCAUGAACUUAAUUGUCAAAUCCCCUGUGAAGUGUCCUCUAUCCCUUCUUUUUCAAUAUGCAAAGAAAUGGUUUUCCCAGUGCAUUGUGUCAAGGCCAAUAGUAGAGCUCCAAAAUAGUGAUUGCUAAUCCUUUCCUUUACCUCAGACCCAGUUUUAUUAAUUAAAUUUUCUUUUUUAGGAAGGGAUAUGUUAAUAUGCAUAGAUAGCAGAAUUACAAAUGAGGGACUAGUAGAACUCUACAGGAGAAAAAGCAGCUCUUGAUUCCAAAUUGAGUGUUUUGGGAGGUUUUUGGUGGGGGGGCGGUGUUUGUUUGUUUGUUUUUAUCUCAUCUACUUUCUCAGUGAACUAAGCCCUGAAGUUGAAAUGCGACAAGCACUGCAUCCUCAUUUUGGGACAGAUAGCUCAAUAUCUACAGCUUUCAAUUUUAUUGUUGUUGUAUAUAUUUUUUUCUGGAAUUUUGAUUCUUUUUUUCUUCUUUUUGGAGAGGCAGGGUGGAUAUUCUGGACUUCUUCAGAAGGGAGAUUAGCUUUUCAUCAAAGGUUUCCCACCAGUGGGUAGCUCUAACCUUUUGAGUCACUAGGGACUUCAGUACUCACCAGUGUCAGGUGGUGUUUUUGAGUUUGACCUAAAACUGAGGUCCUUACUGUAGGCAUUUGUUUUCAAAUGUAGGACUAAUAACGUGUCUUCUGCUCAAAUUCUGAGUAGAGAAAUGUUCUGCCUUACUUAAGCACCUGGCGGUAUAGUUUAUGCAUGUGUUUGGCUUGCUGGUCUAGUUAGCAGUGAAUCUCUCUUGUGGUUUUUUUAGCCAGCAAGCUGUAAGGCUGGAUACACUGGCAGAAAGUUGGGGAAGUCAGCUGUUCUGUUCGUGUCACUUCCUGUGUUGUCAGGCAGUGUUGCACUGAGGUAGAGUAAUUAGUCCUGAUGCAGACACACACCUGCUGCCAAUGUACUUCCACUCCUGAGUUAGCGUAUUUCUGCAGCCUGCCUGGCUGCUAGUAGGCUGUGGGCCAUGGAGCUUUAUACAGUUGGCCAGAGACAGGCCACUGGAUUUGGGGGGAAGGCAGUCUGCUUGCCACUGCUAGCUAUUACCGUAUAGUCCUGUGAUGUGCAAUAUUACAUUGCUGUAUUUUAGGGUUUGCAAAUACUGAUCCUUGGACUUCAGUGUCUCUCAUUUUGUAAAGUGGAUGUGAAGCAUUAGAAGCUAUGUACAUCAGACAUUUAAGGAAGAGAUCAUUGAAGAUACCAGAGCUGGUGACUUAGUUUAGUCCUUUAAUCACUAAAUCUCUCUUUCAAGGAACUACUUAGGCGAGAGGAUAAAAUACUUGUUAAUGUGCAUGGAUAGCAGACUUACAACCAAGGGCCCAGUAUAGUUCUGUGAGAGGAAAAGUAAAACCCAAAGUACAGUUUCAUGGGGGGGUUUCCUUAUCAAGCUUCCCAGUAAACUUGGCCUUGAAAUGAACACACAGACUGUAGGAAUAUGAUUCAAAAAGGUACGUGUCAGGAGUUGUCUAACACAAGUGCUGGUCUGCGCCACAGCUACGAAGCAGGUCAGAGUUGUAGCUCCAGCCAAAACCCAAGAAGCACUAAAGCAGAAUUCUCACAGGAGGUGUUCCCACUGGCUUGCCCUGUUUAUGGGGUGUCAUCCUGUAAAUGUGCUCCAAGGGCACCUAAUAUGGAAGCAUCCUGUACUAAAGACUCUUGCCACUGCUGUUCUUUUGCACUUAUCCUUCACCAAGAUGUAGGACGCCUUGUUUCAAAACCCUACUGUGCUAUGAUUUGGAGCAGGGAUCCAAACCCAUCUUUCCCAGAUUAGUGCCCUGAUCACCAGACUUUGGAAUUGGUGCCUUCUUAUUUUCCAUUUGUACUCUUGCACUGUGUAUAAAUGUUUAAUGGGCAGAGGCUUGAACCUGUUUCCAGAUCUGAAGCAGAUAAGUCUUUCUCGGGCCCAGUGAACAUUUUGUAUGCAAAUAUCCAUCCUGUGUGAACCGGGUGGAGCAGGAAUGGUUAACCUGGCCCUCCAUAUCCAGAGAGUGCUUUAACCAGUAGUCCAUGGUCUUGUCUUGGUCUUGUAAACAAGAAAACCUGGCUUAGGUGCCUACCUUCAGACACGUUUUGUGCCCAAAGACACUGUAUGGAAGCGAAGACUUCUCUCCCAUCAGGUCAGCCUCUAAACUGCUAACAUGUGCACAUAAGCCUUGCAUUUUGCUCUUGCCUAGCUUUGGUGGUCCCAUGCUCAGCUGGAGAGGAUUCUGCUAUGGGGCAAGCAUUGGCACUAGCAAAGUAUGUCCAGAGUGUACCAACCUUUGCUCUUCCCUUUCCCUUUUACAUUGCUAAGUUCUUUUUUCCCCUCACAGUGACAAGAUGUGUAGCUUCUCCCGAGUCCCCCAAAUGGUCUCCAAACAAGUUAAAAUGUCAUCUGUUAAAUAUACACUUUAACUCAAAACAUCCACUUGACCACUGGUGUUCUCUAUCAUCUGAAUGAUGAAGGCAGGUAGAUUUGGCUUGCAGCAACACUAGUAACUCAUAUUUUCCCCUGAUUACAUGUGUCUUGUAUUUCAGGAUCAUCAAGUAUAACUUCACUCCUACUCUGCUUUGGAAUGAAUGCAUACUGUGUACUAGAGCAUAAAGGCUGCUCUUAGACUUGUAGAAAGUACUUUCUGUAAUAUUGCAUGUUCCAAAAGUUAUUAAGCUAUGUAGUGGAAACUCUAGGAAACCAAGGAAUACUAUGGCAAACCCCCAGAAGUUUGCUGUGUGGCAUUGCAGACUUUGCCAAAGUACAUUCUGAGGCGUUAACACAAUUUUCCACUUGGUAUAACAUCAGCUUUAGUAACCUGCAGUAACAGAACUGCAAAGCUAAUUUGUUAUCAUGUUAAUUUUAGUCUCAUUUAGUUUCUCAUUUCUGUACUGCAGGCACUAAUUUAAUAUGUUUUAUGGCAGUUUAAUGAUAACAUGUUCUAGAGCCUUUAUUUCUGAUCUCAAUAGUAAAGGUUGUUUUUAUUUUCUUUUUUUUUUAAUGUAAAAUCACUUUGUCGUGGGCUGACUUAGAAUGCAGUGCUAGAGUCAAUAAUAAUAAUAAUAGUAACAUACACAAGGUUUUUCUCCGGUAUCAGGCAGUGAGGUAAGUAGAUUGUUUGGGGAAUGUCUCUCACGAUUCUGGUUAGCAGUAUUUUUUUUUUAAACUGAAAGUGACUGUCCUGAAACAAGAAACCAUUUUAACUUCUUUUGUUUAGGGUCUAAUGUACUUCACCUGCUACUUCACUUUAAGCAGAGGUUGACCACGGUGCCAAAAAAAAUUCACCAGCACCGUGAGCAAUAGUAUUUGAUUAUAAUCAGUCUGUGAGAUGAUUGUUUAAAUGUUAAUUUGGCGUUACACUUUGAACUUCAGCCAAAUGUGGAAACAGUCAGAAACAAUGGGAUUCUUACCAAAGGCUUCAUUAAUCCUUCCCUUAAAGACCUAGGAAUAUGUCUGAGGCUUUGGGGGUGCAGAAGUAAACCUGAAUAAGAUCCCUGGUGAGGAAAUUUUUAACGUUCAGUUAUUAGCCUUAUCUAUGCAUGACUGUGAGCAAAUAGUGCACGUUGUAAUAUGUUGAACUAUGAAUAAAGGUUUGUUUGUUUUGGUUUUUUUUAAA